GACCUCAGAUAAUCAUGGCGCCGCUCAGAGUGUCGGUGUCGCUGCGCAGCAUUUUGGUAGGUUCUCGAGGCACGGAAAGGGUUCCUUUGCGGGUCCGAGCUGGGCUCCAGACGGACACCCUGCUUCAGCCGCUGCCUGGGCCCUAUGGAGCGGGAAUGUCACGCCGUCGGCUCUCCUCCGAAGCCGAAUCUGGUAGCUUAGAGAUCAAGAAACCUACUUUUAUGGAUGAGGAAAUUCAAAACUUACUAAUCAAGAUGACAGGCUUGAAUUUGCAGAAGAUUUUUAAGCCAUCUAUACAAGAACUGAAGCCACCAACCUAUAAGUUGAUGACCCAGGCACAAUUGGAAGAGGCUACAAGACAGGCAGUUGAAGCAGCUAAAGUGCAAUUAAAAAUGCCUCCAGUUCUCGAAGAGCGACCACCAAUAAAUGAUGUAUUAGCUGAGGAUAAGAUUUUGGAAGGAACAGAAACAACUAAAUACGUGUUUACAGAUAUAUCGUAUAGCAUACCACACCGGGAACGUUUUAUCGUUGUCAGAGAACCAACUGGCACACUACGCAAAGCCUUUUGGGAAGAACGAGACCGGAUGAUACAAAUUUAUUUCCCAAAAGAAGGUCGUAGAGUUUUAACACCAAUAAUUUUCAAGGAAGAAAAUCUCAAGACCAUGUACAGCCAGGACCGGCAUGUUGAUGUCCUUAAUCUCUCUGUUGCCCAGUUUGAGCCAGAUUCUGCUGAGUAUAUCAAAAUUCAUCAUCAGACCUAUGAAGAUAUAGAUAAACAUGGAAAGUAUGACCUUUUACGUUCAACAAGACACUUUGGUGGAAUGGCUUGGUAUUUUGUAAAUAAGAAGAACAUUGAUGGUUUACUUAUUGACCAGAUUCAGAGAGAUUUAGUCGAAGAUGCCAUCAGCCUGGUGCAGCUGUAUCAUACUGUCCAUCCAGGUGGCCAGUCAGCCCAGGAGGCCAAGAAGCAGGCUGCAGAGGGAUUACAUUUAAUUAAGGUCUUUGCAAAAACAGAAGCACAGAAGGGAGCAUAUAUUGAAUUAACACUGCAGACUUAUCAAGAAGCAUUUUCUAGCCGCUCUGCAUCAUCCUGAAAAAGUUUGUUUUAAUAAAUAACACUUUACUAAA